UGCCCACCUUGUUCCAGCGACAAGCUACCCGAAAGCCAGCUGUUUGCAGUGAAUACAUUUCUGGCUAAAGCCGCCGGUUCGGCACGCAUUUUACCCCCUCUUUCCGGCUGUGGUUGUAGCCUUAUCUUUUAUCGUCAGAAUGAGGCAAGAUGUGAUCGGGUGCUGUCCUGCUAUCGCUGGCUAGGCGGACAAAUUCCUUCAACCAGCCUGCUGUUUCAAUCACUGCGGGUUGACACAACAUUAGCCGAGGCGUUGUUGAGUGAGCUAGCGGGCUAGCAAGGCAGCUUUCGUAGCCGUUACGUCUGUUUUAGCCAACGUUAGCUAAUGUAGUUACUUAGAGAUAGGACGCAUUGCUGUGGUGUGGAUAGUGCAAUAAGGGCUAUCACUAAUGUUAGCUUCAUAGCAAGGACUACUCCUUUUUUUUGGCGUACACUAGCCCGCUAACGUUGGGAGAGACUGCACAGAUAACAACUGUUACGGUUUUGGAUGUCGCGACACUGCAGUUUUGAACCACUUUUGGCGGAUUGUGAGGGCAGAAUUGGACCACAGUGACAGACGAAAAGAUAGAAUUGGACCACCAAGUGACGGAGCGGGUUAAUGAUAUAAACGAGGUAUUAGGUGGCUAAUCUGUGGCAGUAGCAGUUAAUUUUUUACAUUAGCUGUAUUAAGGCAGAGCAUCUCGGGGAGGCCCCACCGUCUCCUGACUCCCCUCCCCUGUCCGAAUCUCCCGUGAUUUGCCGAGAACACCCGGGUGAAGUCGCAGUUGUUCUCGGCUGGGGGGACAACUUGACAGCGAGGCCCCUAGCUUAGUCUCCCCUCCCCCAGUCCCGUCCAUCCAUCCGUCCAGCCCGACAGACCGCCUCCCCCUCGCCUGAGAUCGAAGCGAGGAUCGGGGAUUCGGGAUAAGCUGAAACCGUGGGCAAGUUGGUGUCGGGUCCCGUCUAAACCGGGCUGCCAAAACCAGAGGGGAUGACUCUGGAGUCCAUGAUGGCUUGCUGCCUGAGCGAAGAGGCGAAGGAGUCCAAACGAAUCAAUGCAGAAAUUGACAAACAACUCCGCCGAGACAAGCGAGACUCCAGGAGAGAGCUAAAAUUACUUCUUCUCGGUACGGGAGAAAGUGGCAAGAGCACCUUCAUCAAGCAGAUGAGGAUCAUCCAUGGAGCCGGGUACUCAGACGAAGAUAAGAGAGGCUUCAUCCGGCUUGUUUACCAAAACAUCUUCACCUCCAUGCAGGCCAUGAUCCGCGCCACUGAGACCCUCAAGAUCCCCUACAAAUAUGAACAGAAUCGGUCUAAUGCCAUGCUCGUGAAGGAGGUGGACAUUGAGAAGAUCGCUGGGUUUGACCAACCCUACAUUGCAGCUAUCAAAAGCCUGUGGGCCGACCCGGGGAUCCAGGAGGCCUACGACCGCCGCAGAGAGUAUCAGCUGUCUGACUCCACUAAAUAUUAUCUUAGCGAUAUAGACCGUGUGACUGCGGAGGGAUAUGUUCCCACCCAGCAGGAUGUGCUGCGGGUCCGUGUUCCCACCACGGGUAUAAUAGAGUACCCAUUUGACCUGGAGAACGUCAUCUUCAGGAUGGUGGAUGUAGGGGGUCAGAGGUCAGAGAGGAGGAAGUGGAUUCACUGCUUUGAGAACGUCACCUCCAUUAUGUUUCUUGUGGCACUGAGUGAGUACGACCAGGUCCUGGUGGAGUCGGACAACGAGAACCGUAUGGAGGAGAGUAAAGCUCUGUUCAGGACUAUCAUUACCUACCCGUGGUUUCAAAACUCCUCCGUCAUCCUCUUCCUCAACAAGAAGGACCUGCUAGAGGAGAAGAUCUCCUACUCACAUUUGGUGGACUAUUUCCCUGAGUUCGAUGGUCCCCAGAGAGAUGCACAGGCAGCGCGGGAGUUUAUCCUCAAGAUGUUUGUGGACUUAAACCCAGACAGCGACAAGAUCAUCUACUCUCACUUCACUUGUGCCACGGACACUGAGAACAUCCGCUUUGUGUUUGCAGCUGUCAAAGACACCAUCCUACAGCUCAAUCUCAAAGAGUACAACCUGGUGUGAGGGCUCACGUACGACGCACAUCUCCUCCCCCAUUGCACAAAUGCACACCUCUUUGGGAGUGUGCGCUCAGCUCCACAUGCAUUACACAGCACACCAUGCCGGCUCACACACAAACACACACAGACACACUAACAGAACCCUUCGUUUUUGUUUUGUUUUUUUUGUUUUUUUCUCAGUACAGUACGUUCACAGAUCCUCCCUCCUGCAAACGCCUCCCCUACUCUUUCACCAAAGCUCGCCAUCUUCCUCCUUCGCUCGGCAGCUUGUUGUGUCAGAAUCCUCGCUCCUCCCAAAGCUGCUCCGUGUGUCAGAUUUGGCCCCGGCUGCUGGCUCUGGGACAUUUCAUCUGGCACACAAACCUUUCACACGGGCUGUACAGUGACUGAAGGGGACUUUGGUGUUUGUGUGUGUGUGUGUGUGUGUGUGUGUGUGUGUGUGUGUGUGUGUGUGUGUGUGUGUGUGUGUGUGUGUGUGUGUGUGCAGCAUUGACUAGCAAGGAGCUGUGUUUUGGUGAAUAGCGGCAUCAAACCCCUUUGGCCCUCUGGAGUUGACCUUCAGCGGUGUGAGAUCAGGUCCUCCUCCAUCUCCUUUCUGAGCUCCUGCUGGUGUUGAAGGAAGUGAAUGCAGUAUCUCCUGGAAACACUCAAGGAUCGAUGGCUUGAUGCUGAAUGAGAGGUACUUGGGAGUGACUCAGACAGGAUGUGAGGUUGCACACAGGACGCAAGGGGAUGGGUCUGAGGAUUCUGUCUCCACCUUGCAUCUAUGAAUGUACCCACCAGUGUGAGCAUCGCAAUCGCAAAAAAUAGAAAUAUAUAUUAUGAAGUAAAUGCAUAUGUAAACACACUUAAGACAAAAAGCACGAGAGGGCAAGACAUAGCUAAUCAAAAUCUGUUCAUUGCUGAGAUUUUUUAAAUGUUUUUAAUGAUAGAAAUGUGUUGCUACAUCUACUUCUAUUUAACAGAUAAUGGCUAAAUGGAAUGGUGAUAAGAAAUGGUAAGAAAAUCUAUAAAAAAAAAACUUUUAAACAAAGACAUCUAAAAAAAGAAACAACCAGAAAUUUACUUGACAUAAGUAUCCUUUAAAGACUUCUGUAAUUUUUUGUUUAAGUUAAUCACAUCGCUUCCCUCCUCCAGAUGUUUUCUGUAUGGAUUCACAGGGACAAUCUUCCACGUGACCUUCACAGUAUCUGGCUCCACUGAUAGCACCCCCCACACCCUUAUUACAAAACACCAGUAGCAGGUGAGAGGACCCUGCUUUUGACACAGGCUCUGCUCUGAUUGGUGGAAGCAGGUGUGAAGGGGUGUGUGAUGACAUCAGUGUCCCACAGAGCACAUCUGCAGCUGGGGCUGCAAGUAGCUUAUUCAACAAAAUAAAAGCUGUAAAUUAAACACGCCCACACCCCGGUGUGUGUGAGUAGAAUCCAUGUGGUAACCUCUCUGAUGGCGUCACACCUACGUCACUCAGCCGUCCAAUCAGACACACUUCCUGAUGGUGACAUAGUCAUCCAUUAUAUCAGGAUGUGCUUCUGUUUACCUUUUUUUUAAUUUUUUUUUUUUUUUUUUUUAACUGUAUAGUCACUUUGUUUAUAAAAAGAUUGCUUGCUGUUGAGUGGUGAGAGGAAGGGGGGGGUUAUGAACCUUUCACAGAAAACACACUCUGAAGUCUGCAAAUGUUGUUUGUGUAUAUUUGUUUGUAAAUACAUAUACACAAAACACUCCUGUAUAAAAAUGCUCUGUGGUACACCAUCUUUGGCAAAAAAAAAAACCUACAAAAAAAAACAACUAUCAACUUCUUUCGUUAGCAUACAGUUUUUCCUAUGAAUUAAUGGUAGUAUUGAUACUGUGAUUAUGGAUUUUGUUCACUUGAUUAAUAGGACUACGCAGAGCUGAGUGGUGCUGAGGAAAUGAUCGGAAAGGAGCAAUAGUCAGAGAAAAGAGGUUCCUCCCAACCAGCCUCACAACUUCACACUACUGCAACAGCUCUGGCUCCAGAGUAAUACUAACUAGGGCUGGUAAAAAUCUUCACAGUAUGGUGACAAGAUGAUUUUAAGAGUAAUUAAAGAUUUUUUUUUAAUUUAUCUAAUUUAUGGACCAGGUUUGAAGGUGUUGAUAAUUUGACUGCUUUUGAUUCUGUCAUGUUGAAGUGCUCCUUUUCUCAUGGUGGAGCAUACUUGAGUCUGAACUGCUGUAAAAACGAAUGUCUGGUAUAGUAAGGACUUUAUCUCUGCUUUCUAUUUCUUAUUGAGACAUUUCCAGUUGUACUUGCCAUCACAUCUCCAUCCAUUUAUAAUACUGGUUUGUUUCUUUAGGAGCCCUCACAUUUGUUUUGUUUGAUUUUUAAAAAAAAAACAACAAAAAAAAAAAAGAAACUCGUAUUUUCUCUUGGUUUAUAGACGCAGCGCUGUAAUGCAUACCUAGAAAAAUGUAUAGUACGAACGUAGGUGGACUUUUUUAAUCAGUGAUUGAAGACCUAUGCGGUCCAUGCUUGCUAUUUGUAAUUUAACACAAGAAAUGUUGUCGGUUUUUUGCAAUGUUAAUUUCCAGUUUUUUGAGGCUUGCUUUGAUAGUGCCAGUGAAGUGCAGAUACUUUUUUGGUCUUUGACCUUUUCUACAGGUGACUUAUCCUUCAUCCUCAUUAAGGGCUAUCACAGUGCAUCAGGCAUCAGACAGUGGGGAGUGGAGUACAGGACCACAGUGAACCAAGUCAUCCACUACUAAUUCUUGUUUAUAAAUGGAGAUUACUCGCAGUAUGUGCUAUAAGAAGUAUAGACAGGGUGUUAAUGCAAACAUAAGGUGUGUGUAGAGAGUUUACCAACACUAAGAAGUUUUCCUUAUGUAUUUGGCCCUUUGGUUAACUACAUGGACCUAGUAUCUGGCUCUCUGACCUUCACUACGUCAUGGUUUUUUGUUUUUUUUUUGCAUUGGUAUCACAGUGUUAACUGUUACACCUCAUGCAGUGUAGACACACUUAUCACUAAAGACACUACUACCAGGACAAGUAUUGCAUGUUUCCCCAAGUAUUUGAGUCGUACCUUUUAGCCAAGAAAUCUUAAUGGCCAUACUGGUGGAUUUGCAUGUUUUAGCCCAUUAACUACAGAUCUUACACUGUCUUAUAGACUCGUCAAUUUAUAGAUUGAUUUCCUAACUUCCAGGCAGCUGCUGGUUUCUAUUAAUGCCAUUAAGGUUUGAAAAGUAACUUGCAGAGUGCUGAAACGUGAUUGUGAGAGACAUUUAGUCUCCUUCCCCCUUUUUGUCACACUUGCAGUAUUGUGUGAUAGUUGUAGUGGUAAUGCAGUGAGCAGGGCUAUUUCCAGUCUCCCUUGUGGAUGCUUUCAAAGAAGCUCUUGCAUCAGAGUUUUAAGAAUCGAUUGCCAUAAAUGUUUUUGAAAGCUGCAUGGGUCAUAAAUUCAAAGUAAGAAAACAAGCAUGAUGUAAUGUGAAGCAUAAUGGGUAUUUGGUGAUUUUGGUGAAAAUUGUUGCUUCUCGCUUCUUAAAUCUCAAAUCUUUUUCAGAAGAACAUGAUUGCACCAAGUGCCAAUCCAACUCUUCUGAUACCUCAACUCAGAGUAUCUGCUGAUUCCACGGCUCUUUUUUGUGUGUGUGAAGCUUUAUUGGAAUCAUUUAUUUCAAACCAAAGGCUGUUGAAAAGAUAGAGAAUCAGUCUAAAACCUUUAGAUUCAAUGCAAGUGACGUUUGAACACUAUUAAUGGGGCUAAUAUCUGUUAAAAAAAAAAAAAAAAAAAAAUCCAGUGUGGUCCUUAACUGCCAUUUUGUCUGCUGAAAAAAUGACACUAGCCUUGUACGGACGAGAGCAGACAGCCAACCACUACACAGCUGUCAUAAAGAGGGUCUGGAUGCCAGUAUUUAGGUGAAAUGAUUAUACCAGUAUGAAUACCCAAGUAUUUAUCACUAGUUGUGUUAAGAUUUACUGUGUGUUGAGUGCAGCUCACUUUAAUAGUGACAAACCAAUGUUGUAUUUUUAAACUUGACACUGCAACUCUGGCACAUGGUGAAGGGCUGACUGGCUUUUAGUGUGGGUUUGUAGUUUGUUUGCAGUCCAUAGUUGCAGCGUGUUUUCGACACAUCUCAACAUAAAUGAGCUGGAAAGAGGGAAGGCAGUCCCUAUGACACUUAAAUCUCCUUCUCGCUCUCUCUUUCUUGUCCAUUUUGAGCAUUAACCAGUGAAAAGACUGGACUGGUUUUUCACUACAACACUCUCUUAUUUAUUGCCUUUCAUUGCCUUGAAUAAUGACAGAUUAUGUUGCUGGCCCGUUAUGGCUUUGGAGCAUGCUCUGUGACCUUUUGGUGGCCGGGGCUGUGUGACGUUCCUUCCUGUGGGCCUGUUGGAAUAAGUGGAAUCAAACUUAUCUUUCAGACAUCAGUAUGGAGUCAGUGCAUAUUCAAAAACUUAAGCUUGUUCCCUUUUGUUUUUUGUUUUUUAUUUUUUGUGUGUUUUUCAUUUUCUCUGUGUACGAUAAGAAGACAUUACCAGAACACUAUUAUUUAGGACCACUUGAUUUAUUUUUCCUCACUCCAAUGAAACCUGAAGGUCAAUUGUGUGGUGUAUAAAAUGCUGUUUUUUUUUCCUCUUUAUUUUGUAUGUAAACCAAAUGUAAAUUAUGUAUUAUACUGAGUGUGCCAACCCCACUCUAUCUAGAGCCAGGCUCUCUCUAAGUGCCAACGCUGUGGUCAUCAUCAAAAGGACCACCACAUGACAUGGUCCCCCUUUUUAAAUAAAACACACCAGAGACUAAAAGGAUAGAUGAUUAAGUACACGCAAAGACUUUAUUCUGUAUUUAAGAUUGAAGAUUUAAAAGAUAAUCUGCUGUUGUUGUUUUUUUUAAGAAACUGUAAUUAUAAUUGCAUGUGCUCUUUAUUUUGUGUUGGAAGUGAGGGCUUGGAUGUUUUCAUUGAAGCAGAGCCCUUGAUGAAGGGGGUUCAAUCAGUUGGUUAUUAUCGAUUAUUGAUUUACAUAACUCUUGCCAUAUUUUUUUAUGUGUUUCAUGUAUUUGUUUCAACCACUGUUGCCUGAUCCUCAUUCAAACAUGAACAUGACUUAUGAUCAUUGCCGCCUUCUAAGAGAGAAACAUAAUGACAAGGUAUCUGUUUUAAAUUGAAAUAAAUUUGUUCCUAUACUUGC